UGUGAGGAGACCCUGAACGGAAAUGACGUCUGCGUAAAGGUGGACAGAGGAAAUUGCAAGGGUUUCUGGCACCCUUCGUGCUUUGUUUGUAGUGAAUGUAAGGAACUUCUAAUAGAUUUGAUCUACUUCACCAAAGAUGGCAAGUUGUACUGUGGUCGCCAUCAUGCCGAAUGUUUCAAACCUCGAUGUGCAUCAUGCGAUGAGAUCAUUUUUGCCGACGAGUGUACCGAAGCAGAGGGCAUGACUUGGCACAUUAAACAUUUCUACUGUUCUGAGUGUGAGCAAAGCCUCGGAGGAGAAAAGUACAUCGUGAGUGACGGGAAACCAUUUUGUAUUCACUGCUUUGACGCCAUAUUUUCUGAGUACUGCGACACUUGUGGUAACCCAAUCGGCGUAGAGCAGGGGCAGAUGACAUACGAGGGGCAGCACUGGCAUGCGGUGGAGCGUUGUUUCCGAUGUUCUACUUGUCACAUGCCUUUACUCGGUCAGCCUUUUCUUCCAAGACAGGGACUGAUUUAUUGUUCUGUUAGGUGUUGUAAAGGUGAGAAACCAUCAAAUCAAAGAAGUACCAUUAAUAUAUUUAUUGUUCUGUUAGGUAUUGUAAAG